CUCGCUCCACUCCUCUGUUUUCUCCCUUUUUGAACUCACGCUCCACUCGCUUCUGCUCUCUCGCCGUCGAAAGCCCCCUUUCGUCCUUCGGCCGGUCGGAAGCGGUUGAGUGGUCUUCCUGGAAGGCUCUUUAUUCUCUCAGAUCGCUUCCGGCGGUUCGAUCCGUCGAUUCUAGGAGCUGACUCGGUAUUUGAAGAAGAUUUGUAAUGGCUGGAGAAAAGAUCACCGAGAAAGAUCAGCCAUUGGCAACGGAAUCGAAGUCAGAUACCAUCAAUAAAUCAGCUGAGCAUGAUGUGACUUCUGGAAUCAAUGGAAUACCAUCUGAGUUAACAUCCACCAUGGCUUCCUUAGGGAAUGCACCUUCUAGCAAGAAAGGUGAGACUAAUGAAGAGUCAGCUGGAGAGCUUGGUGCUCGCAAUCAACCUACUAUCUUUAACAACUAUUUGUACCCAGCAUACAGUGGACCCUUCACUCAAGUGGACAAUAAUGGAUUUUUUCAUACAGAUGCCUCUCAAACGGGUAUGCAAUCUGACAAUGGCUCACUUAUCUAUUAUCUUCCUGGCUACAAUCCAUAUGGGACAGGAGCUAUCAUUGGUGUGGAUGGGCAAUGUGUUGGUCAACAACCAUAUUUUUCACCCUCAGGGUACCUCCAACACCAGGCUAUGCCAUGUUAUACAUGGGAUUCAACAUAUGUUGGAGAUGCUCAAAAUGGAAAUUCUGCUGGUUUUGGAAAUGCAAAAUAUGGUGGCUCUGCUGCUUAUGGAAAGUCGAAUAGCUUUAACUAUAUGAAAACAAAUGGAAAUGAUGCUAACAAAUUUUCUGAGUCUUCAUAUGCACAACCUAUGAAACCACUAAGCAAGUUGCCUCAAUUGGGUUCUGAUUUCACAGCAGGCCUUUUGAAGGAAUACCCUUCCAUGGGAAAGUACUCAUCUUUUGCUAACCAAAAACAAGGUCUUUACCCACAUAAUGGUUUGGUGAACUACAAAAAAAAUGGGAGGCUGUGGAAUGGAAAUGAUAGAUAUAAUUCCAGAGACAGGUUCAGCAGAAAUGGUGAUUUGGAAUUGGCAGUUGAACUAACUCGCGGUCCAAGGGCCCAUAAUAAGAGUGCCCCCUUGGACUCUUCAGUUAAGAAGGAAGAGUUGGGGCUAGCAGGACAUAGAGAUCAAUAUAACUUAGCAGAUUUCCAAACUGAGUAUGAAAAAGCAAAGUUUUAUGUCAUCAAGUCCUACAAUGAAGAUGACAUUCAUAAGUGCAUUAAGUAUAAUGUAUGGGCAAGCACUCCAAAUGGUAGUAAGAAACUAGAUGCGGCAUUUCAUGAGGUAGAACUGAAAACAGGUGAAACAGGAACAAGAUGUCCUAUCUUCCUCUUUUUCUCGGUCAAUGGAAGUGGACAAUUUGUUGGAUUAGCUGAGAUGGUUGGGCAAGUGGACUUUAACAAAGAUAUGGACUUUUGGCAACUUGACAAGUGGAAUGGGUUCUUUCCAGUAAAGUGGCAUGUAAUAAAAGAUGUACCUAAUGCUCAGUUACGGCACAUUAUUCUUGAAAAUAAUGAAAAUAAGCCUGUAACCCAUAGCAGAGACACUCAAGAGAUUGGGUUACAGCAAGGGCUAGAAAUGCUGAAGAUUUUCAAGAGUUACACAUCAAAAUCAUCAUUGUUAGAUGAUUUUAACUUCUAUGAAACUCGAGAGAAGUCUCAAAAUGUCAAAAAGAGCAAUAAACCAGUUACCCAGAGGAUUAAAGAUGACGGUUUCCCAAAGCAGGUAAAAGUGGAAGAGAGGAAUUUUGAAGAGUCUCUGGUCAAUCUCACAAAAAACCUCUCCCUCGGUGCAUUGCCCACCGAGUAGAUGGGUGGUCUAAUGAAAUCGAUAGAGAGCUCUGUUCCUUCUGUUGCUGCUGCGCCAUAAGAAUUUUUUAGCUUUAAGAUUCUAAUAGUUGUAGCAGCGAUUCUUCCCUUUUCCAUCUGUCUUUCUUUAAUUUUUAACUGAUGGUUUUUAUUUGGGUUCAAGGGCCAUCGGCCACUUUAUAGCUUUUGUUAACGAGUAAGAUUUAAUAGUAUAAUUGGAUUUGGUUUCAUUUUCCAUAAAAAAGAAUAAGAAUAAAAUAGGUUGCCACUUUGUGCUUGAAA